UAGCAUGAAGCGCAGCAAGUCUUAAACUUUAGAAAAGAAAAAAAAAAAUCCAGUUUAAUCUAUCUCAUCUGUCCAGUGUUGAAUUAACCCGCACAGCGACCGUCAUCUAUUUAUAUUCAGUUACUUUUUGAACCUUGGGGCACAACAACUCCACGACAGCCAGGAAAACACGAACAACAUCCUUGAUGAAGUUGUUACGGUUAACCUUGCUAGCAAACAAUUACCUGCUUGCUCGUCCCGGAGACAGGAGCCCGUUGUGUCACCGGACACCUGACGAUUACAGUUGGGGUCGCCAGGAGUCCGAGGUGCAGCCCGGCAUUCAAGCCAUAUGUGCGGCAUAUAAGAAGGCAGUUUCAUCUGCGAGCUACCGCGUCCUAAACCCCUCUUUUCAAUCUAAAAACAAGCUACCCAAGAUGGCGGCAGCCUCAUCCAUCCAGCCGCCGAGCGUUCACUCUUCUCUUGCCCGGGAGAGCGCACUUUCCCUGGUGAUGGACAGCCACGGGACCCGGCAGCCGGGGAACGGGGAGGCUGCGGCGGCGGCGGCGGCGGCGGCAGCGCAGCCAUCGGAGCCGGGGAUUAGCCUGCGCGACCUGCCGGACCUGGAGCCGGAGGAGAUCAAGAGGAGGCUGGCUAAAACUCGCCGGGAACUGAGCAACAGGAGAAAAAUCCUCAUUAAGAACCUGCCGCCUGACACCACGAACCAGGAAGUCCAUGAAAUUCUGAAAGAAUAUGAACUGAAGUAUUGCUUUGUGGACCGCAACAAAGGCACAGCCUUUGUGACUUUGCUGAACGGGGGCCAGGCUCAGGAUGCCAUCCGCUCCCUCCAUCACAGCACUCUCCGGGGACGCUUGAUCAACGUCACCCUGCAGCCCACCGACUCCCUGCUCUGCCUCAACAACCUGCCCCACACCUUCACCGCCCAGCAGUUCGAGGAGCUUGUUCGCUCCUACGGAAACAUCGAGCGCUCCUUCCUGGUGUACAGCGAGCUGACGGGCCACUCCAAAGGAUAUGGGUUUGUUGAAUACAUGAAGAAGGACUCUGCUUCACGGGCCCGCUCUGAGCUGCUGGGCCGACCACUGGGCGAUCGUUCACUGAUGGUGCAGUGGAUGGACGUCAACCAGCUGAACCAGCAGGAGAACCUGCACUCUAAGUGUCUGUGUGUGGACCGACUGCCGCUGGGCCUCUGUGACUCGGAAGAACUGACCCAGCUCUUCUCUGAAACCUACAAACCUGUCUUCUGCCAGCUUGCUCAGGAUGAGGGCAGCCCAGUCCGGGGCUUCGGUGUGGUGGAGUAUGCGAGUGCAGAGCAGGCAGAGGCUGUGCUGAUAGAGAUGGACCGAACACUCAUGGGUGGACAGAGGGUCCGUCUGUCACUCUGUACCCCUGGCACCUCGGGGAGAAGCACCCUGGCUGCACUCAUUGCCGCCCAGGGUAUGAUUUUGAGUAAUAGGAAAGGUCUGCUACCAGAGCCAAACCUGGCACAGUUGUUGACCAGUAUGAGCAACCCUGCUGCCCUGCAGAUCCUCAUGAGACCGUACCACACUGGGAAAAGAGGAGGGAAGUACGGGCGUCACGGCAACCUGCCGUUCCUCAGGCCUCCUCUCACCACAGCUCUGCUCACACUAGGAAAAGCACACCAGAGUGCUAUGCUUGGUAAUGGAAUAGUCCUCCAGAAUCUUUUGCAUAUGCAGCUCGCACAGCAGCAACUUCUUCACAUCAAAGACAAACGCAUCAGUAACGUCUCUAGUCUGCUAGGGGACCCGUCCAGGCUGCUGAUGCAGAAAGCUUUGUCUCUGCGGCCUCCGGGCCUCGUGCCGCUGGGGAAAGGCCUCCUGGGGAAUGCCCCUACAGAGUUGCGCCAUGAGUCAUUGCCAGCAUCUACCCACAAAGCAACAGUGGUGGUAACAGCAGCAGGUGUGAUGCCGUACCUCCAGGGUCGAGAACAAAACAGCAUCCAUUCUAUCUCCACAAACCCCUCCGCUUCCUCCUCCUCCUCAUCUUCCUCUUCCACCUCCUGUGACAGACAACCUGCUCCUCCUGGGACGAUGGUGGGCUCCCAGCUGCAGGGUCAGAGCUAUUCCUUGGGUAUAAGUAACUCAGGCCUUGGCCCGCCUCCACCUAAGCCCCCUGGAGGAGUUUAUACAUCAGCAGGCCAGCACAACAGCGCAGAUGGCUGCCCCCUGCCUAGCAUGGUAAGCGGUGGUCAGAGUUCUCUGUUGGGCGAUCCUCCUAAAGAGGUCAGACUGCCAUCUAAUCCUUACCUGAACCUGGCCAGUGUAAUGCCAGGGAUGGUUCUGCAAGGGUCAGUGGGGAGUAAACCCCAGGGGGGACAACCUGGCUCUGGGGUGUACAGCAGCUCUGUUGCUCCUGUGGUCUCCCAGGGCUCUGGCUCCUUCUCCCACAGCGCCGCAGCUACAACAACUGCUCCAUACGGCACCGAUACCUCCACUGACUACAGCCAAUAUAACCCGGCCUACACACAGGAGGCCAUGCAGCAGUGGUACCAGCACUACCAAGCAGCACAGGCUCACACCUACAGCGCCGCUGCUCCACAGGACAGCACGGCCACAGACUACAGCAAGGAGCACACACAGGCUCCACCAGUGUCGUCCUACGGGGAUUACAGUUCCUACAUGCAGGCGGUCACUCAGUACUACUCCCAACCUGCAACGGCCAACCAGGCCUACACCAGCAAGGACGUAGAUGUGUGUAAGCCUCUAGGAGUCUCCCUGCACGCAGUCAGCAACGGUGCGGCCCCUCCGCCAGCCGUCCUGCCAGCUGCUGCUGUGCUCCCGGCCUACAGCACCCUGCCAUUAAUGCCCGGCUUCCUCGGGGCGCCACACCCGGCGGCACCUGCUCCAACUCCUGUCACGCACGCACACACUGCCGCCACAGACUGGAACACCUACUACUAUAACCAGACAAGGGGCCAUAAGAGAGAGUAUCCUCAGUUGGCAGUUCAGGAAGUGACGUCAUCAGAGGGAGCCUACAUCGGGCAGCACUCCCAGGGCCUGGGGGGGCAGUACGCUGACUACUUCAAGAGGAAGAGGCUCUAGUAUGAACCAAACCACCUUAAAGCCUAAAGCUUAUGGAGGGAGGCACAAGCUGGAUGUCAUAGCUCCCCCUAGUGGCCUUUCUGUGGCUGCCAUUUUGCAUCUCUACAGUAGGUAUUGAGUUUAAUAGAAUUAGGGUUGCAAAUGGCUCAAAUCAAAGCAAGCCAUAGUGCUAUUUGAUCCUGGCUCUUAUGUACACACACACACACACACACACACCCGCACACACACACACACACCCGCACACACACACACAAACACCCACACCCACACAAACACCCACACAAACACACCACACCCACACAAACACCCACACGAACAUGGUGUUGUUUUUGUCCUGUUCAAGCCUUAACUCUUAAGCUAUUGUUUCUCAGUCAAUGUGUCAACUGUACUUAACUAAUAUUAACUAGUACAUUUUUUCUAAUAUAAUGUAAACUAAAGGUUAUUGUAUCUGUGCGUAUAAGCUGCUUUUGUAUUUCCAGUCAGGCGACUUGUCUCUCUGCUGAAACUGUCCUAGGACUGGUCUCAACGGUCAAAUCUCUUCCUCUGUGACUCCUUUUUCAAAAGACAAAAAUGUUGUUGCACACUCACACUUUGAUUCGUCAGUCGAGCUGGCAUCUGUUUGUUCCCGCUUCAGUGUCUUUCCUCUUUCCGUUUUAUUGCCCAGGUUCCUCAUUUUAUAUCUCCCCGCGGAGGAUUAGAGUGUGAGUGUGAGUGCGUGUGUGUGUGUGUGUGCGUGUGUGUGUUGAUAUGCUGUAUCUGUAGGAAGUGUCAGCCAUUUCAAUCCCAAGGUUGGUUGGGAGCACAUCAGGAAAAAAAAAGAAAAAAAAGAAGAAGAAGGGCCUGAACAAAUCAAAGCCCUUAAUUGUGGUGACUUAGAGAAGCUUCCCUCAAUGAAUGGACCUUUUGUUAUAAAGACCGGAUGGAAAAUAAAAGGCUUGUGUAUAUACAGUGUGUAAUACAGAAUAUAUAAAGCCAUGCGUAACAGACAAUAUCAUAUGUAAUGGACAUUUCCCAGCUCUUUUGGGAGCGUAUUGUACUACAUGAAUGAAAGGAAAACAUUUACCACAUGUCUGAUAUAUAUAUAUUUUUUUUUUUCAAUCUAUACUGUUACAUAUUUGUAAUAUAAUAUAAUAAUCCAAGGCUGUUCAACUCAUUUUAUUGACAUUGACUCAACUGGUAUCGACUCCUCUCCUCUCCUCUGCUGUUGUUGUAACACAUUAGGCAGUUUUCCGGAAAAAGCUUUUUGGUCUGUAACAGGAGCUUUACUUCCAUUUCCAAGCUGCCAUUAGAACAUAAAGGUUUCUGACUUGCAUGUAUGUCCCAAGUCCAUACUACACAAUGAUUUUAAGCAGGUUUUUUUUUGAGUAUGUAGUGUUUUCUCACUGCAAAGGUGACAAAAGGUAGUAUCGUCAAAUAGGGAA